CCUCCCCUCAAGGAGCAGCCUCAGGAUGCUCCAAACAGUCCGUAAUGGCCCAAAUGUUUUACCGCCUGGGUCCGGUAACUGGCUGGACAUCCCACUGCCGGAAUCAAGCGAUUGGCUGAGUCUCCUGCUGAUAGGCCUAUCUUUUUGCAGGAGACAGCAGGAAGGCAGGUUGCUGGACACAGGAUUUCCAGAAGCAGGCUGGGCAUCAGGAGCCGGCACCUCAGGCUGGGCAGCAGGCGGAGGCACGUUAGGCUGGGCAGCGGGUGGAGGCACGUCAGGCUGGGCAGCGGGCGGAGGCACGUCAGGUGAGGCAGCAGGCACCGGGCCAUCAGGCAAGGCAGCAGGCACCGGGCCAUCAGGCAAGGCAGUGGGCACCGAGUCAUCUGGCACGACAGCGGGCACCGAGUUGCCUGGCACGACAGCGGGCACUGAGCCAUCUGGCAGAACAGCGGGC